CAGGCGGGCAUCUUGACGCCAAAUGGGCGGGACGCGGUCAAAGGCGGACGGCCUGUCUUUGCACACGCUGAAGCUGUCAUCACUUGCACGGACGGCGACCUGGCGUCUAAAGCAUGGGAAACUAGGCAAUCUCCUUUCUCUGGACGUCCACUUGAUCUUGAGGUUCUUUAUAUGCCCGACAGGCACAAUGGCCAUCAUUCAGUCAUUUCUAAGUGCUGAUUGUGACUAUUUCAUCGACACGCACGACGCCGUGGCUUAUCCUGAGUCGUCUACCAAGAGGUCGUCUAUCAGGCUCCGUCUUCUGGGUGGGCGGCCGUCUGUAUUCAAGGCCAUCGACGGUAAAAUGCACCGUAAGUUGGUGUCAUUUUGCAAAUGCAUCACGUGAGGUCAGCCAGAGAGUACAACACUGUGGUGUUGUGAUCAUCUUGUCAGUGCCGGGGCCCUGCACCAGUCCAGCCAUGAAAGAGAUGGAUCAAAGGCAUGGAGUCUUCCGGUUCGCGACCGACAGCUUUGAGACCCUCGAACCGCGCAAGAUCUUGCCUGUA